AUGACUCAGGUCGGUCGUGGACCAGCUGGCGUCGCCGCCCGGCAAACAGCGGCCGACGUCAGUCAGGCCAUCGCAACGGCCCUGCUCCCCAUGGCCAGCACCAGCGACCUCACCGCCGCAGUAGCUCUCAGGACCACGCCCGCCGACGUGAGUCAGCUCAUCACCACCGCACUGCUGCUGUUCGUCGAGCAGACGGCCCUCGACGCCGCGCUGGCCCUGAGGGACGGGCGGCUCGACGCGGCGGAGGCACUGCUUGCAGCACUGCAGGCUGCGGGCUACCAAACGGCCGGGGAUCUCACCACGGCGUUGCUGGGCUACGUUACCCAGGGCGCCUACGACGCCGGGCAGGCCCUACAGGACUCCCAGCUGGACGGCCACGACGCUUCCAUCCUCGCGCUGCAGAACGCCGGGCCCUACGCCACCGGCGCGGAGCUGACGGCCCUGCAGCUGUCCCUCCAGUCCGCCAUCGACGGGCUCCUGGCCGAAAUCGCCACCCUCGGCGGCGCAACCAACCUGGUCAACGAGGGCCAGCGAGUCCUGGCUACGAAUCACUUCACGAAGCCGGAGGCCACGGCGAACCUCGUGGCCUUCCUGGCGCAGGCCAACACCUACACGGACGACCAGCUGGUCGGCUACAGCACCACGGCGGAGAUGACCCAGGCCAUCGCGAACGCGCUGGUGCCCUACGGGACGAUCGUCCAGCGAGAUGCAGCCAUCGCUGCGGCCCUGGCUGCCUACUACACGUCGGCGCAGACGGACAGUGCCAUCGCUGCGGCGGUGGCCACCAUCGACCUGUCGGUCUACUGGACCAUAGCCCUUGGUGGGCCUUGGCUGCCGCACUCCAAGCCACAAGUUCUCCGCGCGACCCACCGCAGCCGAACGGCGUAG